AUGUGGCUCUUUCUGGCUGCCCUGUUGGGCCUUUGGCUCCUUUGCCGAUGGUACCUGGAAAGACAAAUGGUGGAGAACCUGACAGAGAAACACGUCUUCAUCACGGGCUGUGAUUCUGGCUUUGGGAAACAGCUGGCCAGGCAGCUGGAUGCUCGGGGUCUGCAGGUGUUGGCCGCUUGUCUCACUCCAGAAGGGGCAGAAGAGCUGGAAAAAGUCACGUCGGCUUGUUUGAAAACCACCCUAUUGGAUGUCACCAGCACUGAGGGUGUUGCAGCAGCAACUGAGUGGGUGAAGGAGCAAGUAGGAGACAAAGGUCUCUGGGGCUUGGUGAACAAUGCAGGCGUCGCUUUCCCAUUGGCUCCCAACCAGUGGCUGACCAAAGAUGACUUUGCAAAGGUGCUAAAUGUCAAUUUGCUGGGAGUAGUUGAUGUGACACUCCACUUGCUGCCCCUCAUCAGGAGAGCCAGAGGUAGAGUGGUCAACGUGAGCAGUUUGGCUGGAAGAAUUGCCGUUGGUGGAGGCGGCUACAGCCCUUCAAAAUUUGCAUUGGAAGCCUUCUCUGACAGUCUCCGGCGUGAAAUGCAUCCUUUUGGAGUCAAAGUCAGCAUCAUUGAGCCAGGUGCAUUUUUUACAGGAGUAGAUAAAUGUGCAGCAGAGUUCUUCAAAACCCUCUGGAGCAAAGUACCAGCUGAUAUCAAAGAACUCUACGGCCAGGAAUUCUGGAGAAAAUUUAACCAAACAUUUGUUGGCAGUAGAUGGAAGAAAAAAAACCUACAGAUAGUUACAGACUGCAUGGAACAUGCCCUAAUCUCUGCCUACCCUCAUAGCCGUUACGCUGCAGGCCGAGAUAGCAAAUUCUUCUUCAUCCCCCUCUCUUACUUGCCAGCCCUAUGGACAGAUUAUAUUCUGACAUAUGGCCACCCCAGACCAGCCAAAAGUUUGUAUUGAUCACAGUCUCAUCGUUUGCACAAGAAUCAGACUACACCCACUUCUCAUUUAGCAACUACCUCAGUUGAACUGAGCCAACGGACACAUUUAUGACCAA